GUAACCUUUAAAACAUAUAAUAUUAUAUACAGUAUAAGUUGAUUUUAUAAAGUUUAUAAUUGCUAUUUAUCUCUUAAUAUUAAAAAUAUGCUGUCUUAUGAAAAUAAGGUUAUUCUUGCACCGAUGGUGAGAAUCGGGACGCUGCCCAUGAGACUUCUAGCUCUUCGUUAUGGUGCUGAUAUCGUAUACUCAGAGGAAUUAAUUGACUGGAAAUUUUUACGUUCUAAACGCAGGUAUAAUGAUAUUCUCAAUACAACUGAUUUUGUCGAUCAAACUGAUGGAACAAUAAUUUUUCGCACAUGUUCAGAAGAAAAAAACAAAGUAGUUUUACAACUUGGUACUUGCAGUGCUGAAAGAGCUUUGAAAGUUGCCAAGCUUGUAGAAAAUGAUGUGGCUGCAAUUGAUAUCAAUAUGGGUUGCCCCAAAGAAUUUUCAAUCAAAGGUGGAAUGGGUGUAGCACUGUUACAAGAUCUUGACAAAGCAUGCUGUAUAUUAAAGACAUUGGUAGAUAAUUUGUCAAUACCAGUUACAUGCAAAAUCAGAAUAUUUGAAACACCAGAGAAGACAUAUGAAGUUGUUAAAAAGUUAGUAAGCACGGGGAUAAAAGCAAUUGCUAUACAUGGUAGAACUCGUGAUGAGAGACCACAGCAUGCAGUACAUACUGACAUUAUUCGUUAUAUUGCAGAAAGGAUAUCCAUACCAGUUAUUGCAAACGGUGGAUCUAAGGAAAUUGAAAAAUAUAAUGAUAUUUUGAAGUUUAAAGAAAUAACUGGAUGUAAAAGUGUAAUGCUCGCUAGAGCAGCUGAAUGGAAUUGUUCUAUAUUUAGAAAAGAUGGAAUGCUUCCAAUGGAUACAGUGAUAACUGACUACCUCAAACUUUCUGUUGAUUAUGACAAUUCCCCAUCUAACACAAAGUAUUGUAUUCAAAAUAUUUUGAGAGAAUUGCAAGAAACACCAAGGGGAAGAAAAUUUUUAGAAUGUCAAACUUUAGAGCAAAUAUGUGCUUUAUGGGAUUUAGACAAAUAUUGCCAAGAAAAACAGAGUCUAUACCAAAAAAUGGGCAUUCAAGGAAGAUGGCAAGUUCAUCCAGAUGAACUAGAGCCACCUUCUAAAAAAGCCAAGAUUGAAGAGAUAAACUUAGAAGAUGUUAUUCAAAUGAAGGUAUGUUUUGUAAGAGCUAAUUUUAAUGACCUGAAUUUACCAAAAUCACAAUUACAUGCCUGGGCUGGAAAAAAUGGAAUUAAAUUACCUCUUUACCAGACACAUCAAGUAGAAAAAUUAUUUUGCUCAGUACUUACAUUUAAUGGCAAAAAAUACACAUCAACAUUUUGGGAGAAGAAUAAAAAGUUUGCUGAACAAGGAGCUGCAUUAGUAGCUUUAUUUCACCUAAAAUUGAUCACAGAAGAAGAUUUGGUCAAACUUGGAAGUAUAAUAAAAUAAUCUU